AUGGUUGGUUUCGUGCGCUCCGGCGGUUACCAUGUGUUCAAGAGAGUGCGCGAGGUGAGUGACGCUUUUAGCUGCCUCAACUUAGAGGCGUUGCUGGUUGAUUUCAUGCCCUCAGGCGGUUACCAGGUGUCCAAGAGAGUGCGCGAGGUGAGUGAUGCUUUGAGCUGCCUCAACUUAGAGGCGUUGCUGGUUGAUUUCAUGCCCUCAGGCGGUUACCAGGUGUCCAAGAGAGUGCGCGAGGUGAGUGAUGCUUUGAGCUGCCUCGACUUAGAGGCGUUGCUGGUUGAUUUCAUGCCCUCAGGCGGUUACCAGGUGUCCAAGAGAGUGCGCGAGGUGAGUGAUGCUUUGAGCUGCCUCAACUUAGAGGCGUUGCUGGUUGAUUUCAUGCCCUCAGGCGGUUACCAGGUGUCCAAGAGAGUGCGCGAGGUGAGUGAUGCUUUGAGCUGCCUCAACUUAGAGGCGUUGCUGGUUGAUUUCAUGCCCUCAGGCGGUUACCAGGUGUCCAAGAGAGUGCGCGAGGUGAGUGAUGCUUUGAGCUGCCUCAACUUAGAGGCGUUGCUGGUUGAUUUCAUGCCCUCAGGCGGUUACCAGGUGUCCAAGAGAGUGUGCGAGGUGAGUGAUGCUUUGAGCUGCCUCGACUUAGAGGCGUUGCUGGUUGAUUUCAUGCCCUCAGGCGGUUACCAGGUGUCCAAGAGAGUGCGCGAGGUGAGUGAUGCUUUGAGCUGCCUCGACUUAGAGGCGUUGCUGGUUGAUUUCAUGCCCUCAGGCGGUUACCAGGUGUCCAAGAGAGUGUGCGAGGUGAGUGAUGCUUUGAGCUGCCUCGACUUAGAGGCGUUGCUGGUUGAUUUCAUGCCCUCAGGCGGUUACCAGGUGUCCAAGAGAGUGCGCGAGGUGAGUGAUGCUUUGAGCUGCCUCAACUUAGAGGCGUUGCUGGUUGAUUUCAUGCCCUCAGGCGGUUACCAGGUGUCCAAGAGAGUGCGCGAGGUGAGUGAUGCUUUGAGCUGCCUCAACUUAGAGGCGUUGCUGGUUGAUUUCAUGCCCUCAGGCGGUUACCAGGUGUCCAAGAGAGUGUGCGAGGUGAGUGAUGCUUUGAGCUGCCUCGACUUAGAGGCGUUGCUGGUUGAUUUCAUGCCCUCAGGCGGUUACCAGGUGUCCAAGAGAGUGCGCGAGGUGAGUGAUGCUUUGAGCUGCCUCAACUUAGAGGCGUUGCUGGUUGAUUUCAUGCCCUCAGGCGGUUACCAGGUGUCCAAGAGAGUGCGCGAGGUGAGUGAUGCUUUGAGCUGCCUCAACUUAGAGGCGUUGCUGGUUGAUUUCAUGCCCUCAGGCGGUUACCAGGUGUCCAAGAGAGUGCGCGAGGUGAGUGAUGCUUUGAGCUGCCUCAACUUAGAGGCGUUGCUGGUUGAUUUCAUGCCCUCAGGCGGUUACCAGGUGUCCAAGAGAGUGUGCGAGGUGAGUGAUGCUUUGAGCUGCCUCGACUUAGAGGCGUUGCUGGUUGAUUUCAUGCCCUCAGGCGGUUACCAGGUGUCCAAGAGAGUGCGCGAGGUGAGUGAUGCUUUGAGCUGCCUCAACUUAGAGGCGUUGCUGGUUGAUUUCAUGCCCUCAGGCGGUUACCAGGUGUCCAAGAGAGUGCGCGAGGUGAGUGAUGCUUUGAGCUGCCUCAACUUAGAGGCGUUGCUGGUUGAUUUCAUGCCCUCAGGCGGUUACCAGGUGUCCAAGAGAGUGCGCGAGGUGAGUGAUGCUUUGAGCUGCCUCAACUUAGAGGCGUUGCUGGUUGAUUUCAUGCCCUCAGGCGGUUACCAGGUGUCCAAGAGAGUGCGCGAGGUGAGUGAUGCUUUGAGCUGCCUCAACUUAGAGGCGUUGCUGGUUGAUUUCAUGCCCUCAGGCGGUUACCAGGUGUCCAAGAGAGUGCGCGAGCGCUUCAAGGCAGAGCUACCAGACUGCAGGGACGUGGUGCAGCUUCAGGGGUGCGGGCACAUCCCCCAUGUGGAGAGGCCUGCUGACGUGGCACAGCUGAUUCUGGAGUUCUGCUCACAGCUGCAGACCGAGAGGGAGAGAGAUGGCGCAGAGGAAGAAAAAGUGGCUGUGGCCUAG